CCCGGCCCGGGCCGAGCGGGCUGCGCCGCUAUAUCUGCCGGGGCAGGGAGCAGGGCCUGCACUCCGCUCUGCCCGCGCCGCGCCAUGGGGCUCCAGGGCUGCCUGCUCCUCGCCGCGCUCCUGCUGCCCGCCGCCCUCGCCUUCCCCAUUCAGGACAACUAUGAAAACAGCACAACAACAACAGAGCCUACUGAGGUUACUACACAGGAGAAUAUAUAUGAAUCUCCUUCACCUACAGAGACUGAUGAGGAGGACGAAGAUAUUUUUAACAAAAUUCUGAAUGUUAACAAAGACAGCUCCCGGUUCCUGCAGGAAGGUGACAUAGUUCCACGGAGGAGUCGCAGUGCCAUCAACUGUCGCCAUUGCCACUGGCCCCAGUCCAGUGAUGGGAUUGUUCGUAUUCCCUAUGAACUGGAUCCUGCUUACGAGGAGAGCCAUGUAAAAGGGAUUCAUGAUGCCAUGGCAGAAUUUGAAGCACUGACUUGUAUUAAUUUUGUGAAGCGCAAGGCAGAACGUGACUACCUCAGUAUUAGAUCUGUCGAUGGCUGCUGGUCCAACUAUGGGAGAGUAGGAGGUGGACAGACUGUCUCUGUGAUGAAAGGAGGCUGCAUGUGGAAAGGAGUAAUUCAGCAUGAACUGGAGCAUGCUUUGGGCUUUUUGCAUGAGCACUCUCGAAGUGACAGAGAUGAACACGUAAAGAUCAUGUGGGAGUACAUCAGUCCUCCUGACAGACCAGACUUCAAGAAAUUUGAAAACUCCAAUAACCUGGAUCUUCCGUAUGACUAUUCCUCAGUAAUGCACUAUGGCCCAUACACAUUCAGCAAUACCACUGGGAAAGCAACUAUUGUACCAAUUCCUGAUAGAUCAGUACAUAUUGGACAGAGACAAGGGAUGAGCAACUUGGAUGUGGCCAAAAUCAACAAACUUUACAACUGCAGUCGCUGCAGCACUAUUCUUGAUGGACCUUCUGGGUCACUGAGAUCAGCCAACUACCCAAGGAAUUACUCAGAUAACACCAACUGUGUCUGGCUCAUCCGAACCCGAUCCAGAAAGGUUUCCCUGCACUUUCAAGCCUUUCAGCUGCAAAUAACUAAUGGCUGUCAGGGUGAUUAUGUUAAAGUUUAUGAUGGAUCCAGCAAGUCUUCUCCAGUUCUAAUGGACAAGACCUGUGGAUCAAAGAUCCCUAGUGGUAUAGUUGCUUCCAGUAAUCUUAUGCUCGUAGAGUUCAUCACAGAUGGUGCCCAGACAGCUUCUGGUUUCCAAGCCACCUUUACUGCUGUGAGGACCCAAAGAAGAUCUAGCAUCCACAACUGACUUAAUGAAGAAGAACCUAUUCUGUGAAUAUUGAAAUUAUGUGUUUCCUACUUCGUUCCUGUCUUGGCUUGGAUCAGUAUGAAAUUUAAUUCUAUUAAGAAUCAAAGUUUUCAUCUUCCUGAAAACGUUUAUUCCCCAAGCCAUACAAAUGUACAAAUUCUAUACAUCUGGUGUACUUCUCCUUUUGUCUGCACAGUUAAGUUAUUACCUCUUUCUAUUUAACAAUUGAAUAAAAAGCUUCAUUAAA